AUGCAUUUCCCUCGACCGCAAGCAGCUCUUCUGCUAGCCUUCCUCUUCUCCUCGCCGGCAUUGGCGGCCACCAUCGACUGCGAACACAUCCGCGUAGACGAUGUUUCCUUCAACCUAAAGGCCCUGGGAGGCCCGCACAGCGUCGUGACUAGCCGGUGGCACCCCCCAACCUUCACGAACACGUCCUACACCGUCGAUAUCUGCAAGCCUCUGAAGCGGAAAGGGGACGUCAAGAAGGACGAGCAGUGCCCCAACGGCACGCGAGUCUGUGCCAUUGAGCGCACCGUCCACCCGGGCAACGACAAGGACAAGGACGAGGUCGAGAAGGUGAUUCCGAUCGCCGGCGAGCUGCAAGACGUGGGCGGCAAGCCUCUCGAUGCCAAGGUCGAGCGUCUCAAGUCCAGCGACUCCAACUCGGACGCGAAGGAAGGCCUCCGGCUCAUCCUGAACGGCGGCUCCUACCCCUUGACCAGAAGCGGCAGGAAACAGAAGGCCAUCAUCGAGUUCAUCUGCGACCGCGAGAAGACGGGUCUCGAGGGAGAGGUCACCUCGGAAGACCAGUACGAUACUGCCACGAAACUGCGCGCACGUGAUGACAAUGACGACAAGGACAAGGAUAAGGACGGCGAUGGGCCAUCACCCGACGAGAAGCAGAUUAUGGGAAACGGCACUGCCUUGAUCUGGGACAGCUACGGUCCUGCCGAGGGAGAUUUUGACGUCUUGAGAAUGACUUGGCAUACAAAGUACGCCUGCGAAGACGCGCGCGACAAGCCUGAUGAGAACGGUGACGCGAGCAGCCACUGGGGCUUCUUUACUUGGUUUGUCGUCUUGGCUUUCCUCGGUACCGCCGCAUACCUCAUCUUCGGCUCCUGGCUGAACUACAACCGAUACGGUGCUAGAGGCUGGGAUCUUCUGCCUCACGGAGACACGAUCAGGGACAUCCCGUACUUGGUGAAGGACUGGACACGCAGUGUCCUGAACACGGUGAACGGCAGCGGCAGCCGAGGCGGCUACAGUGCCGUCUAA